AUGUUGAGCUUUGAUGAGCUGGUGGCCUGUGGCGUGCCCACAUUUGAUGAGCCUGUCCUGCUGAAAUGGACACCUGGACCAGCUGGAAGAGACCAGCAGCUGAACAGGGUUGCAGAUGUACAACAAGGAACCGACCCAGCCAAGAAAGGCUUCACCUGCAUGAGCUACAAUGUCCUGCUACCCAACAGCAAAGAUGGUUGGUGGAUUUACAAGUACUACAGGAACUCGAGGGGUACUCACACAUCUUGGGCCGAACGCCAAGUCUUGUUGGCUAAGCAGAUCGCGCGCAUCCAGCCCGACGUGCUAUGCUUGCAGGAAGUGUCCGAGCUGUCCUUUGAUGAGGACUUCCGCUUCCUUGGGGAGGCUGGGUACACGGUGCUGCUGCAUGAAAAGAAGGGGAGGAUGCGGCCCGCCACAUGCUGGAAGGGAAACUGGAAGCAAGUUGCAGCUCAGCACAAGGACCGCAGCCUUGUUGUGGGGUUGCGAUGCGAGGACAACGAGGAGCUGGUCUUCGUCGUGAACGUGCACCUCUCUGCAGGACCAAGUGCUGACCGGCGGUUGCGGCAGGUGAGUGAGGCUUUAGACACGGUUGAGAAGGAAGCAAAGAAGAUGAGCCUCACGCCAGAUAAAGUCGCAGUCGUCUUCUGUGGAGACUUCAACUCUCAGGGCAGCACUGCUGUCCGUGAACUGCUUGUAAAUGGCGUUGUAAGCCCUGACUUUCGGGAGUCAGGCGAUCCGACCGAAAAGGGACAAGAGGGCAAGCAGGUUACGUCCAAGAUACGAAAGCAUAACCUCCCCAACUUCCAAGAUGCUGCCGACCUUGCAUAUUCUGGUCGUGCGCCGGCAACAAUACUUGCCCAAAACAUCGAUCACAAAAUGGUGCAGCCUGAUGGGUCGCUCACUCAGGCCAUGAGCCGGGCAUUGGAUGCAGCCUUUGACGCCUGCCGAUCACCUGGCGCGGAGUUGAUGUCUGAAGCAGAUACAGAGCGGUUUCUGAAACGAAUCAACCGCGAGCUGGGCAGAGGCAGUGAGUAUCGCUUUGUGGAGGCAGCCUUCGAGAAGCGGGGCCAGCGAAACCUGAGCCGUGAGGACUUCCAUUCCCUGUAUGCGGCCGAGUUGGCAGAAGGAAAGUUUUGGGGGGUCGAGCAUGACCUGCGCGAGCUUCUUGGUACCGGCAUGGCCAAGCCAGAAGAUGGUCCUUGUGAGCUGCGCUUCGACUACAUCUACUUCACCCCGAAACUCCUGGAGCUUCAAGGCGUGGAGGAGGUGCUCAGCCAGGCAGAGCUGCAAGAGGUUUAUGGCCCUCCUUGGGAGACAUUGCCGAACUGCUGGCAUCCAUCUGACCACCUGCCGGUCAUUGAACGCAACGUCUCCUCUGACAACUUGCCACCCAACACGUUUGCCAACUACCCUCCAGAUGACCUUGCCGCUGAAGUUCUACCAGAAGGAUCUAAACUGCCACCUCGACCGACCAGCACCGCAAAGCAGAUGCCGUCCGAGAACUCGUGGGCAGUCAGAGCAGACAGUAGCAGACUCCUAGGGGUCAUGCCUGACCAUGGGAGCGGCUACACCGGUGACCCACCGGAAGCUCUCGUCCCUGGCACCGUCCAGGAGGGUGCCAACGAGGGAAAGGUGCAGCAGGGGAGGCCGACGGAGCACGGUCGCCGGCAUAGCGUUCGGAAGACUCAGAAAGACCAGGAGGACGACAGGGAGCUGAGAGACAUCCGGAUGAGAAACGGAUUUAUCGGUGCAGGCCCCCAUGACAAAGAAACGCGGUUGGAUGAAGAUUUGUAUGAUGUCACCAACUUCUACAAGACCAGCGGUUGCGCACAGGCCGUUGCGCGCAGUGAGAAGUUUGAGCGGCUCACCCUGCUCAUCAUCAGCCUCAAUGCCGUCUACAUCGGUGUGGAUGCUGACAACAAUACAGCCGAUACGAUGCUGGAUGCUGCCGUGCCCUACCAGGUGUGCGACAACCUUUUCUGUGCCUAUUUCACCAUCGAGCUUGUCAUUAGAUUCGCAGCGUUCGAGAUGAAAAGGAACUGUCUUCGGGACAGGUGGUUUGUUUUCGACACAUUGCUGGUACUGCUCAUGAUUGCAGAGACUUGGGUCUUGACAAUUGUCAUCGCAGCCAUGGGAGCAAAUACGUCCAUGCCUACAGCCCCUCUGCGACUCCUUCGGCUGCUGCGCCUCAGCCGCUUGGUGCGCCUACUGCGAUCAGCUCCAGAGCUGCUGACCCUCAUCAACGGCAUGCGCGUGGCUUCCCGGGCUGUCUCGUCUGCCUUGCUCCUCAUCGUCUUGCUGAACUACGUGUUUGCCAUUGUCCUGCUGAUGUUCCUGCAGCAGGUGGAAGAUGAUGCGACCGAAGAGUCCUUCAAGACUUUGGGUCUCUGUAUGUGGACACUCGCCUUGGACGGUACGUUCAUGGAUGGAACCAAAGAUAUCUUUGAGAGCCUGAGGACACUGGACAGCAGGACCGAUCACCCCUGGAUCCUGGGCUGGGGCAUGAUCACCAUCUUCACUUUCUACGUUUUGCUGACAAACGUGACGGUCAUGAACAUGCUUAUCGGUAUCCUCUGCGAAGUUGUGUCUGAAGUGAAGCGAGAAGACGAGGAGGGAGUUGCAAUCGACUUCAUGAAAGCACAUCUCCGGUCAAUGCUGACUGAGAUCGACAAGGAUGGUAACGAGAACAUCUCAAAAUUGGAACUGGCGGCAGUCGUUGAGGACGAAAAGGCGCAGAAGGUUCUUUCGGAGCUGCAGGUCAAGCCUGAGGAUGUGAUCGAUCUGACGGAGUACCUCUUUGAGCAAGACCAGGAUGCCGGGCGAGAGCAAGAAGUCACACGCGAAGAGUUGCUGGAGGUGAUUCUCAAAAUUCGUGGCGGCCGGGAGAUCUCUAACCAGGACAUCAUUGACGUUCGCUGCGACGCUUGCCUGAAAGUCUUACGCCGUGUGAUGCCUGGGUCGGCGUAG